AUGGCAAACGAUGCCGUUGAUGCUACAGCUCGUGUGCUGCUGUCCGAAUUCGCUGGCAAACAAUGGCACGAUGCCGUUGAUGCUACAGCUCGUGUGCUGCUGUCCGAAUUCGCUGGCAAACAAUGGCAAACGAUGCCGUUGAUGCUACACUCGUGUGCUGCUGUCCGAAUUCGCUGGCAAACAAUGGCAAACGAUGCCGUUGAUGCUACAGCUCGUGUGCUGCUGUCCGAAUUCGCUGGCAAACAAUGGCACGAUGCCGUUGAUGCUACAGCUCGUGUGCUGCUGUCCGAAUUCGCUGGCAAACAAUGGCAAACGAUGCCGUUGAUGCUACAGUUCGUAUGCUGCUGUCCGAAUUCGCUGGCAAACAAUUGCCACUGA